AUACCCUCAACCAUGUCGUGUGGUCUGUAUAUUCCUGGACUGUGCAGUAAUUGUGGAGGGCGGAAAGCUAUGAUGUUGCGAGGCCUCCUAGCACGACACAACCUUCCGUGCAAACUGUACAACUAUCCCAACUGGGACUGUUCAGAAGAGCUGAGAUAUUCAAGUAUGUAUGCUGCCGCCAGAGAUGCACUGUUGGAUGUAGCAUCGUCAGAGAGGCCCGCAGUUGUACUGGCAGCCUCAAUGGGGUGCCAUUUUGCUCUCCGGUUGGCGCUUGGCUAUCCGAAUCUCAUCGGGGCGAUCGUCUCUGUUGGUGGCACUUUCAAUCCUGGUGAAAACUGGCUGAAAGAAGACUCGAGUGACUGGGUCUAUGUCGGUUCACCAUACGCCGAUAAUGAUGAGAGCUACAAGCUGCCCAAGAUGUUUCUUAGUGAUCUCCAGGCGAACUACAUCACAAACUUGAAGGACAUUCAUCUGCCGGUCGAGGUUGUCCAUGGAACCAAGGAUGAGUCUAUUGGAGUGGAGAUCGCGAAAACACUUGCAGAACUCCUACCUAUGGGCACCUUGCAUUUGGUUGAAGGCGGUGACCAUCGACUGAGUACAGAAGGCGACUUAAGACUUAUCGAAUCUUUAUUAGAGAAGCACCUCCUUUGCUGAUGUAAAUGUUGCUGACACUAGUAGAGGGGUUUCUGAUGUGGUUCACCUCUCGGCAAUUAGAUCUGGCCCGAGAAAGUUCUUGUACUAUUCAAACCUGAACUCAAGGGAGAAGUGUCCGCUUUUAGCCAGUCCUUUUAUCGGUAGCAAUAGAGUUCGCCUCGAAAGGCUCUCGAACAAUUAAUCCUGACUGAGAGAAUGGGUGUCUGUUUUUGGUUAAUCCUUCGAUCGGUAUUGAUGAGAUUCGUACCGAAGAUGCCCU